AAUACGAACACGUGACCGAUGUUGACGCGCUUCCCAUCACAAACCUCACUCUGUCAUUGUAACUCUCACUGAGGCCUGACAGACGCUCUGCAAAUCUUUUGCCCACAUUUUCUACGCCGCCAUGUCGGGGUCCCACACCCUGACGCUUACAACGCUGCUGAACAGCCUGCACACGCACCUACAGACACAAACCCAAUUGCUACCCACGCUACACGCCCAGCUAGGGCUACCAGCAUCCGCACUCGAAGAUGAAUUGCAGGCACUCCAGGAGCAACUCAUGCGGGGUGUUGAGGCGCAGAUUGAGGAACGCCAGAAGGAAGUCGAGGGGUGGAUGGAACGCUGCGAAACCGUAGAGGUCGACUGCGUGCAGUAUUCCAAAGCCCUGGGUGGCAACGCGAAGGCGACGGGCAGCAGCCUCGGGGAGCUGAGAAAGGAGAAGGUGCUGCCGAUGCGUUUUGAGAUGGUCACAGAGUAUCAGGAAAAGUUGCGCCAGUUGUACCAUACCAAACUCGAACAGCUCAACGUCCUCGGGGGCCGUCUGAAGGCCAUUUCCCGUAUCCUUGGACCUGACUUCUUCUCUUCGGAUAUCGUAGACGAUGGCGAAUUCCAGGAUGUCAGCCCAGACCGAUUCUUGAAGUUGGAGAAAGAGCUCGCACGGGGGAAAGCGGAAGUGACAAAGCGACUGGCGCAACUGACAGAGACCUUCAUACAAAUCGACUGGCUAUAUACCGAACUAGGAAUGGGUCCACCCAUCGCCGACGAAUCCGCAUCGUCUCGUGCCAUAUCUCGUUCGAGAAGUAGCGGUAGCAACCUGGAUGAUCCUUUCGUCUCGCCAACUGAUGCCGAGGCAUUCCACUACCGAGUUCUCUCAGGAUUCAUCGAACAAGCAGUGACUCUACCUCAAGACACCCCGCCCCGUCUUGAUGUUGACCCCACUCCGACGCUUGUUUCCUGGGCUACUGACCUACGGGCCGCGCUGGAAGACACAAAACGGCGCCGGGAAGCACACAUCCAGGCCAUGUAUGAUCAGUUGGAGGGGCUCUGGAAGCGCCUGGGCAUCGCCGAGUCGGACAUGGAUGCCUUCGUCGAGCAUCAUCGGGGCAGUACCGAAGAUACCGUGCUGGAGUACGAGGAGGAACUCGAGCGCAUGCUCGAACUCAAGCGUGACCGCAUGGGCACAUUUGUGCUCAGCGCGCGCGAAGAAGUUGAGAAACUCUGGGAUGAACUCAUGGUAGGCGAGGCUGAACGCAGCGAUUGGCAUCCAUUCUACGACGAUGAGCACACGGAAGAUCUUCUCACGGUACACGAAGAUGAGAUCCGUCGACUGAAAGAGGAGAAACGAAUCAAGGCACCUCUUCUUGCGAGUAUCCGGCGAUACUUUGAUAUUUGCGAAGAGGAAAAAGAGUUGGCUGCGUCGGCUUCGGAUCAGAGCCGACUGCUGGGUCGCGGUGCUCGAGAUCCUGGACGGCUUCUUCGCGAGGAGAAGAUGCGCAAACGCGUGUCCAAGGAAAAGCCGAGACUUGAACAGGAUCUCAUGGCGAGUGUGCCCUCCUGGGAAGAGGAAAACGACCGACCGUUCCUUGUACAUGGCCAAAGCAUUUUGCAAAUCCUCAUGCAACGGGUCGGUGCAUCGGACCAGGAGAACGUUGGCCCCGGAAGACGUAAGCCAUCGCCCGGAAUGCGAGCUACGAGUGCUCCAGCCAGAGCCACCACACCAACGCACUCAUAUGCUCCGAAAUCCGGUGGCGUCGUCACCCCCGCGGUCCGACAUGCUCCAGCAAGUGGCAACUCGCUUCCCAGUAAGCGCCAGCGGACGGAAGUGACGCCUGGAUAUAAGCCGCCAACUGUGCUCGGCGCGCAUCGUGGGCUGAACAACAACCGAUCAACCUCGCCGACGAAGAUCCCGACAAACAGAUCAGCGGGUCGGAGCACUGGCCCGCCAACGGGGAUCGCGAAGCCGGGUGCUGGGAUGCACGCACAGUACCAGGCACUGGGGCAUGGCCGGCAACCGACCACUGGCUUUGGCCGAAGCACGUCUCUGAAUGUGUCUACUUCCGCCUCGGCUUCCUACGCUAGCGCUGGGCGUUAUGCGAGCGGCAGCCAGGCCGCAUAUAACCCUGCUGUAUUGGCAACCAAAGCUGCUCGAGCAAGAAGAGAAAGCUUCAGGCCACGUGCCAGCAUCGAUGCUGAAAUUCAACGUGACCUCAAUGGUGCCUCCAAGUGGGGCUUCCCGGGAACUACGGUCGAGGAAGCCGACGAGGACUGCUGA